CUAAUUGAUUUUAAUAUAUUUUUCCUGAAAUGUUAUAGCAAAAAUAUUUAAAAUGAAUAUUAAGUGUAUACAUAAACAGUAUUUCCAACUUUGCCAGUGAAUUAUGAAAAUUUCAGAUUCAAUAACAUUGAGCUAAUUUAUUUCCAUAUUGGGUGGUGUGUCUGCCCAGAUGAUAAUUUAGUUAUUUCACUGAAUGAUCCAGCAGUAGCUUCUACAAUUGAAAUGUCACUGAUCUAUGGUGAAAUAACUCCUAUGGUAGCAAAAUUCAUUAUGAGCUUUUCUACAUGAGUCACUUGUUGUGCGCUACUCAUGAUUGUUUAUAUAGGCCUAUUUUGUGGCCACAUUUGGAAUACUUUGUAUACUUCUGGUUAUCCCAAGUCAAGGAAGUAUAACUCAGCUGCAAAUGAUGCAGAAAAGGGCAACUAAAAUGAUCCAUGCUGGAGUAUCUUUUCUAGCAGAGUAGACUAAUGUGUUGAUAAAUGAGUCAAUAAAUGGAAAGGCAUGAAUGAGGUUUGUAAAAUUAGGUAUGGGUAGAGGUUUUUGCCCCCUCCCUCUCUUAGGGUGUAAUCCUAUUCCGAUGCUUGGAAGACUCCGAAUCCAGAGGCUUAUGGACAUCCAAUGCAGAACAGGAGCAGUGGACACGAUCUUUGCCUCUGUGCACUUCCUGGUCUGCAUUUUCACUGGAGGCUUUUUCACCCUUCUAGCUGGGUCACUGUGGAGAAGGAGGCAGGAGAGCCCAGGGGAUACUUGCUUUAUCUUUUGAGGAAAAAUGACUGUUCAUCUCAAAGGAGAAAAACCUAACAUUUUACCUGACUUUCUGCAUCUGAAUGACUUAGGAUGUGAAACUACAGGAGGAAAGAUUUUAUUUGCAACGGAUGACUUUUUUGCUCCUGCAGAAAAUCUCUUAAAGAAACAAAGACCAGUAUUUCAUGCCGACCUUUUUACUGACUAUGGGAAGUGGAGGGAUGGAUGGGAAACCAGGAGGAAGCGGAUUCCAGGUCAUGAUUGGUGCAUCAUUCAACUGGGAGUCCCAGGUGUUAUUUAUGGUUUUGAGGUAGAUACAUCUUACCUCGCAGGAAACUGUGCUCCUCGGAUAUCAAUCCAAGCUGCUUUCUUGAAGCCAGAGGAGGUACCAGUACUGCCACCAAGAGGGAACAGAGUUGGAACUGCAGCUUCAGAUGAAGAGUUUAAGGCUGCCAAGGAGAUGAGGUCAGAUGAAUGGACUUCCUUGAUUCCUUUGUCAGGGAUAAACCUGGACACUACCCACAACUAUUUUUGUGUGACUUCAAAGCAAAGAUGGACUCACCUAAGACUCAACAUACAUCCAGAUGGUGGGAUUGCACGUUUAAAAGUAUAUGGCACAAUGCUGAGAGACUGGUCGCUUUCUGGCCAGAAUCACUUGAGUGAUUUGGUUGCAAUGGUGAAUGGAGGUGUCUGUGUUGGGCAUAGUGGUGCUCAGUUAGGUCAUCCCCAAAAUAUUUUAGGAAUAGGAAGAGGAAAGUCUAUGAAAGAUGGAUGGGAAACGGGAAGAAAUUUGGAAAGACCACCAGUUUUAAAAGUUGAUGGCAAGGGAUUUCUCCUUAUACCAGGAAGUGAAUGGGCAGUCUACCGAUUGGGCCACUCUGGUGUAAUAACACACAUAGAAAUAGAUACCAGUCACUUUAAAGGCAACUUUCCAGAUAGUUUUAAACUUGAGACCUGUAUCUUGAGUGUAGAAGAAGAAAAGGAAUGUAUAGCACAAAAAUGGGCCCUGAAACAAGGUCCAAAAUGGAACAUUGUGCUGCCUGCAACAAAGCUUAAACCCCAUAAGAGACAUUUUUUUGAUGGUACUGCCAUACAAACACUGGAUGUGUUUACUCAUGUGAGACUUACUAUUGCCCCCGAUGGAGGUGUAAGUAGGAUGCGUCUCUGGGGCUUUCCACGGGCGCUGCCAGAUGUUCACAAGUAAAAAUCUUCCAGGAAAAGGUUUUGCAAAAUUCCACUCACUGUUAUAUUAAACUGAAAGCAUUAAUCUCCUUGUAUACAUCCAUUUAAUUAUAGUUUUUCCACGUCACUGAUUCAAACAUAAUUUGUUACAGAUGUACAAUAACAGCAUCAUUUCUCUAGCUGAAAUAUA